UGGGUGUUUUGGAAGCAGAUUGUUUUUUGAUUAUUAAGACAACGCUUUGAGCUUCUCAAUUGUUGACAGUAUUUGCAGUUGAAAAAUUCCGGGUUCGUCCUGCCAUUUUGGGAAGAAAUUCAUUUCUGUGGGAGUAGAAUGCUUACCUCAUCAGCAGUAAAUUUCCUUCCAGAUUGGGAUGUGUCAAUUGAAGGGAGAGUCUUAAUUUUUUUUUUUUUGAAAGCCCAAGUGUGGGAAAUAUAGGCAUUUUGUGAAUAGGGAAGUGUUUUAGUAGCAAUUUUGUGGUUAAUCUUACUAGAAUGGAGGAUAUAAAUGAUGAGAAGACUCAGCAAAUAGGUUAUAUUUUGUCACUAUUGGGCAAAAGGAAAAAAGAGCCCAUUUUUAAUACUGUUUUAGUGGACAGAGAUUAUCAGCUUGAGAACUUGCUUACAAUGAUGAAUUUCAAGGACAGUCCAUACAAUAUCGAUAAUGACAGUGAUUUGUUCACCAAGACAUUGACGGAUCAACGGGAGGUUGAGAACAGUGUUAUUAAAAUCUACAAAGAGUUUUUGAAUAGUAGUAGCGAUAAUUAUGAAAGUGGAAAUGGAAGUGGAAGUGGAAGUGAAAGUGAAGGUGAGAAUGGAAUAGGAAAUUUAAAGAAAUCGUUGCAUUUGAAAUUUUUGAAAAAUGCAUUGAAACCAUUGAAUCCGGCAUUUACAAAACUAGACGCAUCGCAGACGUGGAUAGUGUUUUGGAUUGUGAAUUCUCUUUUAUUAUUAGACCAAGAUUAUUUAGUAAAGAAUCCUGAGUUGAACGAACAGAUUUGUUUAAAGAUUGGGUUUAUUGUCGAUUACAAUAAAGAGAGCAAGAGUGAGAAGGAAUAUCAAGGUAUUGGUGGGGGUGUUGGGCAGCUUGGGCAUAUAGCAUCGACAUAUGCGGCUAUUAUGUCGUUGUCGUUUACAAAGAGGUAUGAUGUUUGGGAAAGAAUACCACGAAAGUCGAUAUAUGACUGGAUGCUUAAUGAGUUGAAGCAGAAAGAUGGAUCGUUUGUGAUGUCGAGGAAUGGGGAGAAGGAUGUGAGAGCAGUUUACUGUGCGUUGACAGUUGGGUCAGUGUUGAAUAUAUUGAGCAAGAAAUUGGUUGAAAAUACAGCAAAGUGGAUCCAAUCGUGCCAAACAUACGAAGGAGGAUUUGGAGGAUGUCCUGACAAUGAAGCGCAUGGAGGAUAUACGUAUUGUGCAGUUGCUUCGUUGUGUUUGCUAGGAGAUCCCAAGGAUAUGUUGAACAAGUACUGUAAUUUGGAUGCUUUGGUGAGAUGGAUUGUGUCUCGACAGUAUAAUAUCGAAGGAGGGUUGUCGGGACGAACAAACAAGUUGGUUGACUCAUGCUACAGCCAUUGGGUUGGGAGUUUGGCGCCAUUUAUUGAGAUUGCUAUUGAGUGGAAGACGAUAAUGUCUCGGAAUUGUUUGCAGAAUUAUAUAUUGUUGUGCUGUCAGAAUAGGCGAUAUGGAGGGUUGAGGGACAAACCAUUGACGAAUCCGGAUUAUUACCAUACGAACUAUGCAUUGUGUGGGCUUUCAGUGUGUCAGAAUGUGUAUCUGUUUAAUUACAAGAAGUUUGAGGAGAGUGGGAGAGAUUUUCGAGCAGUAGGAUAUUGCUAUGAGGCUAGUGGGAUUGAAGCGAGCGAUGUUGUUGAAAGGUUUCAGGAAAACUCAGUGAGUGAGAUACAUCCAGUUUUUGGUACAGUGAAUGGGUAUGCGCAAGAAAUGUAUGAGUUUUUUUGUGGAGUUGAGAUCAAGUAAGUAAGUAAGUAAGAGUACGUCUUUGAAGUGAAUGCAAGAGAAUUUAUUGGAUCAAGAUUAUAUAGUAUAAGAGAUAAAAUUAGAUCAGAAAUUCCAUUUUCAUAUGAUUGUAUAAAAUUGUGUAAAACUGUAUAAAAUUAUAUGAAAGAGACAAGUAUAUAUAAAAAAAAUUGAAUUGUUCAAUUAGGAGUAGUAUUAAAUGGUAA